AAAAAGGAAGGGGCUGUUCCCAGUUGCCAUGGUGACAAGGUAAGAGCGUUCCCUCGGUACCGCCGUAAAUUUACGAGACGGUUUCGUCUCCUCGCUGCUAUGGCAACUUGGAGGGACUGUUCUGGUCGCCCCCCGCCUCCCGCCGCCGUUGCUACGACAAGGUGGAGGUAGGGGCUGUCCUUCCCUCGCCGCCCAGUUGCCUUGGAGACGGCGGGCGCCCUGGCCCCGCCCCUCUCGGACUGACAGCAGAGGCCGCAUCGCGCCUGCGCAGUGCUCUCUUCCCCCGCAGUCUCUGUGCGUUGAAGCCGGAGACCGCGACGGCCUCUGCUAGGACCCUCCGCCCCGGAGCCGCCGGCCGGAGCCGCAGCGUCCGCCGCAGCGCCCCCGCCGCCCGUCCCCUCCCCCGCCGCCUCCGCCGGAGCAGCCUCGCGCACUCUGGGUUAUGGCCGUCAAUGUGUACUCCACAUCUGUGACCAGUGAGAAUCUGAGUCGCCAUGAUAUGCUUGCCUGGGUCAACGACUCCCUGCACCUCAACUACACCAAGAUAGAACAGCUCUGUUCAGGCGCAGCCUACUGCCAGUUCAUGGACAUGCUCUUCCCUGGCUGUGUGCACUUGAGGAAGGUGAAGUUCCAGGCCAAGCUAGAGCAUGAGUACAUCCACAACUUCAAGGUGCUGCAAGCAGCUUUCAAGAAGAUGGGUGUGGACAAAAUAAUUCCUGUAGAGAAAUUAGUGAAAGGAAAAUUCCAAGAUAAUUUUGAGUUUAUUCAGUGGUUUAAGAAAUUCUUUGACGCAAACUAUGAUGGAAAGGAUUACAACCCUCUGCUGGCACGGCAGGGCCAGGACGUAGCGCCUCCUCCUAACCCAGGUGAUCAGAUCUUCAACAAAUCCAAGAAACUCAUUGGCACAGCAGUUCCACAGAGGACGUCCCCCACAGGCCCUAAAAACAUGCAGACAUCAGGCCGACUGAGCAACGUGGCUCCACCCUGUAUCCUCCGGAAGAAUCCCCCGUCAGCCCGAAAUGGUGGCCAUGAGGCUGAUGCCCAAAUUCUUGAACUCAACCAGCAGCUCCUGGACUUGAAGCUGACAGUGGAUGGGCUGGAGAAGGAGCGCGACUUCUACUUCAGCAAACUUCGUGACAUUGAGCUCAUCUGCCAGGAACACGAAAGCGAGAACAGCCCUGUUAUCUCAGGCAUCAUUGGCAUUCUCUACGCCACUGAGGAAGGAUUUGCACCCCCUGAGGACGAUGAGAUUGAGGAACACCAACAAGAAGACCAGGACGAGUACUGAGGGCAGCUCCAGCCCCGGCUGACCGCACGACUCCCCGUGCCUCCCCGCCCGCUCCCACCCACAUUAUACUCCUUUCCUUACAGCCAGUCGGCCGGCCGGGUGCUUUGUGUCGGCCACAGCAUGGGGAAGCUAGGCCAGCAGGGCUCGGGCGUGGGGCAGGUGAGCCGGCGAGGCCCUGUCCUCCUGUGGCGCGCCCAGCGGGCGGGCCCCUGCCCACUCCCCACCCCUAUUUAUUUCCGUUGUCUCUAUGCUGUGUCGGCCAACGCUUCCCAGGGUGCUGCCGCCGCCACCCAGCCAGCCACCAGUCCCCCGACAGCCAGCAGCUGUAUAUUUGACAAAGUCAUUGGUAUAUUUUUACUUACUGGGUUUUCCUUGCACUUUACCUGUUCUUUCCCAGGACUGACAGCACGGGCUUCGGGGCAGUGUGCCUGGCUGGGCCUCCCUGUCCUGCUGCGGGGGGGCCGCGGCAGGACUCAACGAUUAUUUAUUUUGUCUUUGGACUUCCCAGUAGUUGAGGAGAAAACGGAUGGCAGGAGAGGGCUAGGGGGACUGAGGAGGGGGUGCCUCAGGCCCCGGUGGUCAGGGAGAGGGAGGGGAGCAUGCAAGGAAUGAGAAUGCCUUUCUGGCACCAGGCUCGCCCACCCUCAGCCCCUGCCCCAGCACGCAGCCCAGCACUGCCCCGAGGCCCCCAGCCCCUCCCUCCUGCAGCUUAGUUCAUACCACACAGACGUCGCCUGGACCCUCCUGUGCGUCUGCCUCCCAUCGCCCGCCUCCCCCGCCCCGCCCUUGGGCCACCCAGCCUGCACAUGCGUUCUCUUUUAUUUAAAUAAACUUGUGUGGUAAAAGUCCAUACCAUGUGUCCCUCA